CACGUUUGUGAUAAAUUCCCCACCGGCUCCACCAAUAAGGAAACUAUAAACUUGAACCAGACUUUCAGUUCCCUACUGUUUUUAUUUUUGUGAAUAGUGUGAUUUAUUCAGGUAACAUUCAUAUCUGUAAAUCACGCAUUUAAGAUCUGUAUUUACUUCGAACAGAAAUGAAGAGGCUGUGUCUUUUGUUUUUUUUCUAUGUUGCUGCGACCUUCGCCAGUGCUGAUGAGAUGAAAGCAGCCACAGUGUACUGGGAUGCUACACAUAAGACUGUACAACUGAGAGAAGGAGUGAUAGAAAAAGAGGGGGAUGCAUAUGGAUACCUCAAUGACAGCCUCUCUCAAACGGGCUGGAGUGUACUGGAGAUCCGUGCAGGGUAUGGGGAGACCCUUGAGCAUGAUGAGGUCACCUACUUCCUUGCGGGAUACCUAGAGGGCUUCCUCACUGCACCGCAAAUGAUUAGUCACUACGCCAACAUGUAUCCCCAGCUGAUCAAGGACCCCAAAGUUUUAGGUCCAGUGGAGCGCUUCAUGGUGAAGCAGGACUCGUGGACCAGGGAGCAGGUGAAACUGAACAGGAGCACUGAUCCUCUGUGGCACCACACCGGCUUCAUAGUUGCCCAGAUGGACGGACUUCAGGCGGGGGUCGCACACUGGGCCAAGAAACAAGGGAAAGAGCCUCUGUCCCUGUUUGCUGUCCAGUUCCUGAAUGCGGUGGGAGAUCUGCUGGACCUGAUUCCAGCCCUGGUCCCUGGCACUGAGCCUCCUCUCGGACAUUUCAAAUUACCCGGAAUGGGCCACUGCUCUGCCCUCAUUAAGAUGCUCCCUGGGUUUGAGAACCUGCUGUUUUCCCACUCUAGCUGGUAUACAUACGCUGCCACCAUGCGCAUCUACAAGCACUGGGACUUCCACCUCAGUGAGCCCCACACUGCCACGGGCAAGCUGUCCUUCAGCAGCUACCCAGGCUUCCUGGUGUCUCUGGAUGACUUCUACCUCCUGGGCAGUGGCCUGAUGAUGACCCAGACCACCAACAACAUCUUCAACACGUCCCUCUUCUCCCAGGUCACGCCCCACAGCCUGCUGGCCUGGCAGAGGGUGCGUCUGGCCCACACCCUGUCACACACUGGGGAGCAGUGGGCCAAUACCUUCUCCAGAUACAACUCUGGCACCUAUAACAACCAGUACAUGAUAGUGGACAUGAGAAAAGUGACCCUGGGCCACAGUAUAGAGGAUGGGGCUCUGACAGUGGUGGAGCAGAUUCCUGGCCUGGUAGAGUUCUCUGACCAAACUCGGGCCCUGCGCAGGGGUUACUGGCCCUCGUAUAACGUGCCUUUCCACCCAAAGAUCUACACCCUGAGUGGCUAUGGGAAGAUGUGGGAGGAGUACGGGGAGGACUUCUCCUAUGACCUCUGCCCCCGGGCCAAGAUAUUUCGUCGGGACCAGGCUGAGGUUAAGGACCUGGACUCCCUCAAACACAUCAUGAGAUACAACGACUACAAAAAUGACCCCUACUCCAAGGGUGACCCAUGCAAGUCCAUCUGUUGCCGUAAUGACCUGAGAGAGAAAGACCCCAGCCCAGGAGGAUGCUAUGACACCAAGGUGACUGAUUUCCACAUGGCGCAAGAGUUCAGAGCGGAGGCGGUGAACGGUCCCACGACGCAGGGUGACCUCCCUCCCUUCUCCUGGGAGAACUUCAAUAGUACGGCUCACCAGGGUCUGCCAGACCACUACGACUUCCCCUUCAUCAGCAUGCAGCCUGCACUCUUCAUGCCCUGAGAGAGGUGCCAUAGGGGAGGAGGGAAAAGGUUGGAAGAGUUGCCUAUGGGGUUAGGGUAAUGGAGGAGGGAGGUUAAUGCAGAUAGACUUUAAUACUAUCAUCUUUAUUUACAGUCCAAUAUAGUAAAUCAGCCUCGGGGAGAAAUGCUGCAAUAAUGAUCAAGCUUCAAGGAAUUCUUAUUUUAUCUGUGUUUUGUCUAUAGCCUACCUACUUUUUUUCUUCAUGCACUCAGUUGACCUAUGUCUUGGACAUUGACUAAGAGUUGCUGCUGUACUGCCGUCAUUUAGACAUAUUUUGAAAGAUGCUGAAUCAAUGUAGAAAAUUAUUGAAGCCUGGUUUGUUCGGUGCCAAAUACUAUUUCUUUUAAAUUCAGGUCAAUGACCUAAACCUAGAUUAAAAUUCAGUACCCUUUGUAUUAUAAUCAAAUCCUGACCCUGAAACUAAUUACAAUCAUGUUGUCAUAUGUUGAAUUCACUAUAUGAUAAUAUCAAUGCAAUUCUCAGGGCUCUUAAUUUCAUGUUUGUUGCAUGGCCUGCUGCUACGGUGGGAGUUUCUAUUUUUAUACAUGGAAGAAUAUUUUUGAACUUUGUACUUGUUUGAUGUCUUGGAAAGCUGCACUUCAGAAAUGUAUUUUUUAUGAUCAUUGUUAAUAAAUUUGAACAGUGCCCAUAA